UUUGUGCGCCGGUGCGGCAGGCAGUGGCAGCAUCCGGGCAUUUCCGCAGCCGAGCGGCCACGGGCGGCGGUGGCGGAGCUCCCGUGGCAGGGAGGAGGCGGGAGGAAGGCGAGAAGGGGGCGAGGCGUUAAGCCGGAGCCGCGGCCGCGGCGGGGUGGGUCCCGAGGGAGGCGGCCCGGGAAGCGGCUGGCGCGGCCGGAGGAGGAGGCGGAGGAGGGCCGGGCGCGGGGCUCAGCGCCCCUCUCGCCGCGCGUUGCUCUGUCCAUCCCGGGCUCCGGAGGAUGCAUCUGCAUCAGGUCCUCACCGGGGCGGUGAACCCUGGAGACAACUGCUACUCUGUGGGCAGCGUCGGGGACGUCCCCUUCACGGCGUAUGGAUCGGGCUGUGAUAUUGUUAUUCUGGCCAAUGACUUUGAAUGUGUACAGAUCAUUCCUGGUGCUAAGCAUGGAAACAUCCAAGUCAGCUGUGUGGAGUGCGCUAACCAACAAGGAAGAAUUGCAGCUUCAUAUGGCAAUGCUGUCUGUAUUUUUGAGCCACUGGGCAUAAAUUCUCAUAAGAGAAAUUGUCAACUCAAGUGUCAGUGGCUUAAAACUGGGCAGUUUUUUUUGAGUUCUGUGACAUACAACUUAGCAUGGGACCCUCAAGAUAACAGAUUGUUGACAGCAACUGAUUCUAUUCAGUUGUGGGCUCCUCCAGGAGGUGAUAUUCUGGAAGAGGAAGAAGAAAUUGAUAAUAAAAUUCCCACGGUUUUAAAUGAUUGGAAGUGCGUCUGGCAGUGCAAAACCUCAGUAUCUGUGCACUUGAUGGAAUGGUCUCCUGAUGGUGAAUAUUUUGCGACUGCUGGAAAGGAUGAUUGUCUUCUGAAAGUAUGGUACCCCAUGACUGGUUGGAAAUCCUCAAUAAUACCUCAGGAUCAUCACGAAGUGAAAAGGAGACAGGCUUCCACUCAGUUCUCCUUUGUUUACUUGGCACAUCCCCGAGCCGUGACAGGUUUUUCAUGGCGUAAAACUAGCAAGUAUAUGCCCAGGGGCUCUGUUUGUAAUGUGUUACUGACUUCAUGCCAUGAUGGUGUGUGCCGGCUGUGGGCAGAAACCUUACUGCCAGAAGACUGUCUUUUGGGAGAACAGAUUUGUGAGACGACCACUUCCAGUGUCUCCAGCACGCUUUCUCAGGCUGGGAAACACAAAGACAGAAUCCAGCAUGCCCUUGAGACGAUUCAUCACUUGAAGAAUUUAAGGAAGGGACAAAGGAGGUCAUCUGUUCUUGUAACUCACACAGACUUAAUGCCUGGCCAGGUGACAACACAUGAAGUUCAGAGACACAUUUCCCACCAUGCAAAUGCUCUGUGUCAUUUUCACAUCGCAGCAAGCAUCAACCCUGCCACAGAUAUCCCAAAUAUCUUGGGUGGCACUUCAUUUAACAUUGAUGAUGGAAAUGGGGGCUUUGUAGUUCAUUGGUUAAACAACAAGGAGUUCCAUUUUACAUCGUCUACUGAAAUAUUCAUGCAUCAAUUACGAAAACUUUCUGAAAAACAAGUAGAUCAUGAAAGUGAUGAUGCAGAUAGAGAAGAUGAGGACCAUUCACAGGAGGAGAGAGAGAGGGGUUUACAUAUGAAAUUAGACCAUGAAUUAUCCCUGGAUAGAGAAUCUGAGGCAGGUACAGGAUCAUCUGAGCAUGAAGAAGGAGAAAGAGAGGGAAGUCCCAGAACCUGUUUGCGACCUGGCGUACCAUUGCCACUGCCCACCGUUCUGCUCGACCGCAAGAUUGACAUGCUGCUCACCGAGUGGAACAAGAAUCCUGACAUGCUGUUUACAAUACACCCUGUAGAUGGUACCUUCCUGGUGUGGCAUGUAAAGUACUUGGAUGAAUAUAAUCCUGGAAUCUUUAGACAAGUCCAGGUUUCUUUUUCUUCUCGGAUUCCUGUUGCAUUUCCUUCAGGCGAUGCAAGCUCUCUCAGUAAGAAUAUCAUGAUGUAUGCCUGUGUGCAUUGUACAAAGGAGUCUCACCACGUGUCGCACGCCCAGGUGAUGUCUGCAAGCAGCCCUCAGGGCUCCCAGCUGCAUCCGAGGUCACACAGUACACAUGUGAAUGUUGUCACUCCCACAGUAAUGAUGAUCUCUAAGCACAUAGAUGGGUCUUUAAAUCAGUGGGCAGUCACUUUUGCUGAUAAGUCUGCCUUUACCACUGUCCUAACUGUAUCCCACAAAUUUAGAUACUGUGGCCAUCGAUUUCACCUCAAUGACCUGGCAUGCCAUUCCGUUUUGCCACUGUUACUGACAUCCUCACAUCAUAAUGCUCUGUUGACUCCUGAAUCAGAUUGUCGUUGGGACUCAGACAACAAACUAAGUAGAUUAAUGGAUCCUGUCAAACAUGGGAAAGGCACCUUGAAACAGCCUCUCCGAAACGCAGCCACUCGGACCUUUCAUGACCCCAAUGCCAUCUACAGUGAACUUAUUCUGUGGCGGGUAGACCCAAUAGGACCUUUGUCAUACACUGGAGGGGUGUCAGAACUGGCUCGGAUCAACUCUCUGCACACCUCAGCCUUCUCUAAUGUCGCGUGGCUGCCAACACUUAUUCCCAGUUACUGUCUUGGCACAUAUUGUAAUUCUGCAAGUGCUUGCUUUGUUGCUUCUGAUGGCAAAAAUCUGAGACUCUAUCAAGCUGUAGUAGAUGCAAGGAAAUUACUGGAUGAAUUGUCAGACCCAGAAUCUUCGAAACUAAUUGGAGAAGUGUUUAAUAUUGUGAGCCAACAGUCUACUGCUCGGCCCGGCUGCAUUAUAGAACUGGAUGCAAUAACUGACCAAUGUGGCUCACACACGCAGUUGCUCCAUGUAUUUCAAGAAGACUUCAUUAUAGGAUACAAGCCACAUAAGGAAGAAAUGGAGAAAAAGGAAUCAGAAAUAUUUUUUCAGCCAUCACAAGGAUAUCGCCCACCACCAUUUUCAGAAAAAUUCUUUCUAGUAGUGAUUGAAAAGGACAGCAAUAAUAACUCAGUUCUGCAUAUGUGGCACCUUCAUCUUAAAUCUGUGCAAGCAUGUCUAGCCAAAGCUUCCGAAGGUGUUUCAUCUGAGAGUCUACUUACAGUCCCUGGACAGAAGAAUGUAGACUCAUCUCCAGAAACCUCUCCUAGUGUGAGCCCCAUGCCACAUUCUUCAUCCAUUGCCAAUCUUCAAACUGCUAGUAAACUUAUUUUGAGUUCUAGAUUGGUGUAUAGCCAACCUCUUGAUCUCCCAGGAGCAGUUGAAGUAAUACGAGCAACACCUUCAGCAGGUCAUCUGAGUUCCUCUUCAAUUUAUCCAGUGUGCCUUGCACCAUAUUUAGUGGUUACAACUUGUUCUGACAAUAAAGUACGCUUCUGGAAAUGCUGUAUGGAAAGCAACCCACAGUGUGAUAAAAGUGAAGCCAAAGAAACUUAUCAUUGGAGGAGAUGGCCUUUGAUGAAUGAUGAAGGAGAAGAUAAUAGCAGUACAGUGAGCAUUGUAGGAAGACCAGUUGCUGUUAGCUGUUCCUACACAGGCCGCCUUGCAGUGGCUUAUAAGCAGCCUGUCCAGCACAAUGGUUUUGUUUCUAAAGAGUUUUCCAUGCAUGUUUGUAUAUUUGAAUGUGAAUCUACUGGAGGGUCAGAAUGGGUUUUAGAACAAACAAUUCAUCUCGAUGAUUUGGUUAAGGUUGGUAGUGUACUCGAUUCAAGAGUCAGCGUUGACAGUAAUCUGUUUGUUUAUAGCAAAUCAGAUGCACUUUUGAGCAAAGAUAGAUAUCUUAUUCCAAAUAUCAAGCAUUUAGUACAUUUGGACUGGGUAUCAAAAGAAGAUGGCUCCCACAUUCUCACAGUGGGAGUUGGUGCUAAUAUCUUCAUGUAUGGUAGACUUUCAGGAAUUGUCACUGAACAAACCAACAGUAAGGAUGGCGUGGCUAUUACUUUACCACUAGGUGGUAGUAUCAAGCAGGGAGUUAGAUCAAGAUGGGUCCUUCUAAGGUCAAUAGAUUUGGUGUCUUCCGUUGAUGGUACACCAUCACUCCCUGUCUCUCUCUCUUGGGUGAGAGAUGGGAUAUUGGUAGUAGGAAUGGAUUGCGAAAUGCAUGUAUAUGCACAGUGGAAGCAUGCUGUCAAAUUUGGAGACCCUGAAAUUGAGAGUCCGGAUGUAGAAGAGACAGCAAUACAAGAUCAUUCUGCCUUUAAGUCCAGCAUGUUGACAAGAAAAAGUAUUGUUGAAGGCACAGCUGUUGUUGAUGAUGUUUUCUGUUCACCAACUGUAGUUCAAGAUGGUGGUUUAUUUGAGGCUGCACAUGUACUUUCCCCUACUCUCCCACAGUAUCAUCCAACCCAACUGUUGGAACUGAUGGACUUAGGGAAAGUUCGAAGAGCCAAAGCUAUUCUCUCUCAUUUAGUUAAGUGUAUUGCUGGUGAAGUUGCAGUAGUAAGAGAUGCUGAUGCUGGAGAAGGAACUAAGCGGCAUCUUUCUCGAACUAUUAGUGUAAGUGGCAGUACAGCCAAGGAUACCGUCACCAUAGGAAAAGAUGGUACACGAGAUUAUACGGAGAUAGACUCUAUUCCCCCACUACCACUAUAUGCUUUGCUGGCUGCAGAUCAGGAUGCAUCUUACCGAACUUCAGAGGAAAGCACAAAAAUACCACAGAGCUAUGAAGAUCAUACUGAAAGUCAAGCGGAAGAUCAGUAUUCAGAAUUGUUUCAAAUCCAGGAAGUAACAACAGAUGAUAUUGAUUUAGAGCCAGAUAAAAGAGAAAAUAAAUCAAAAGUGAUAAAUCUUUCACAAUAUGGACCAGCCUACUUUGGCCAGGAACAUGCUAGGGUACUUUCAAGCCAUCUUAUGCACUCGAGUCUACCAGGCCUUACUCGUUUGGAGCAGAUGUUUCUUGUGGCCUUGGCUGAUACAGUAGCCACCACCAGUACUGAGCUGGAUGAAAACAGAGAUAAAAGUUGCUCAGGAAGAGACACUUUAGAUGAGUGUGGUUUGAGAUACUUGUUAGCCAUGCGCUUGCACACAUGCCUGUUGACAUCCCUGCCUCCUUUAUACCGAGUACAGUUACUUCAUCAAGGUGUGUCCACUUGCCAUUUUGCCUGGGCGUUUCAUUCUGAGGCUGAGGAAGAACUGAUUAAUAUGAUUCCAGCCAUUCAGAGAGGGGACCCUCAAUGGUCUGAGUUGAGAGCAAUGGGAAUAGGUUGGUGGGUGAGAAAUAUUAACACACUUCGGAGAUGCAUUGAAAAGGUUGCCAAAGCUGCUUUUCAAAGGAACAAUGAUGCCUUGGAUGCUGCAUUAUUCUACCUUUCAAUGAAGAAGAAAGCAGUAGUGUGGGGUCUGUUUAGGUCACAGCAUGAUGAAAAAAUGACAACAUUUUUCAGCCACAACUUUAAUGAGGAUAGGUGGCGUAAAGCUGCUUUGAAAAAUGCUUUUUCUUUGCUUGGAAAACAACGCUUUGAACAAUCUGCUGCCUUUUUCUUGUUGGCUGGUUCAUUGAAAGAUGCCAUAGAGGUGUGUCUUGAAAAAAUGGAAGAUAUUCAGCUAGCCAUGGUUAUUGCUCGCCUGUAUGAAUCAGAAUUUGAGACUUCAUCCACUUACAUUUCCAUCUUGAAUCAGAAGAUCUUGGGUUGCCAGAAGGAUGGCUCAGGAUUCAGCUGCAAAAGAUUACAUCCCGAUCCCUUCCUGCGUAGUCUUGCCUAUUGGGUAAUGAAAGAUUAUAGCCGGGCCUUGGAUACGUUACUGGAGCAAAUACCAAAGGAGGAUGAGGAGCAGCAGGUUAUCAUCAAAUCUUGUAAUCCAGUGGUGUUUAGUUUUUACAACUACCUUCGAACUCAUCCUUUGCUUAUUCGAAGAAACUUUGCUACCCCUGAAGGAAGUUUGGCAACCCUAAGUCUCAAAACCGAGAAAAACUUUGUUGAUAAAAUUAACCUUAUAGAAAGAAAGCUCUUCUUCACCACUGCAAAUGCUCAUUUUAAAGUUGGAUGUCCUGUUUUAGCCUUGGAGGUGCUUUCCAAAAUUCCAAAAGUAACCAAAACAUCUGCCUUGCCUGCAAACAAAGAUCAGCCUGACUUAAUGUCCACAACCUUGGUUGGUGAUCCUUCAGAAUCUAAGACUCUGGGGAAUGGCAUUGGUAGUUCUGGCACUGAUUGGUCACAGGUAACUUCGUCACAGUUUGACUGGAGUCAGCCAAUUGUCAAAGUUGAUGAGGAACCCCUGGAUCUUGAUUGGGGUGAAGAUCAAGACAGUGCCUCAGAAGAAGAUGAUGCUGAUGGUCUAGUAAUGCAAAGUACGGAUGCCAGAGGAAAAGCGAGUCGAGGGGAUCAGAAGGACUCAGACCCUGCAGCAGGACUGACCCCUCAGGAAGAGGACAGCCCUGACUGUGACACCGAAGUCGAUGUGAUUGCUGAACAGCUGAAGUUCAGAGCUUGUUUAAAGAUCCUCAUGACUGAGCUAAGAACGUUGGCUACAGGCUAUGAAGUAGAUGGAGGAAAACUCAGAUUCCAACUCUAUAACUGGCUUGAAAAGGAAAUUGCUGCCUUGCAUGAGAUAUGUAAUCAUGACUCAGUUAUUAAAGAAUAUCCUAGUAAGACAUAUUCUAAGGCAGAGAGUGACCUUCUGGAGCAGGAAGAAAUGAUGGACAAACCAGAUAUUGGUUCUUAUGAGCGCCAUCAGAUAGAAAGACGGAGAUUACAGGCGAAACGAGAACAUGCGGAAAGACGCAAGUUGUGGUUGCAGAAAAACCAGGAUCUCCUGAGAGUGUUUCUUAGUUACUGCAGCCUUCAUGGGGCCCAGGGUGGUGGUCUAGCUUCAGUAAGAAUGGAACUCAAGUUUUUGCUGCAAGAAUCACAGCAGGAAACCACAGUGAAACAGCUCCAGUCUCCACUGCCAUUGCCUACGACCCUGCCUCUGCUUUCAGCAAGUAUUGCUUCGACAAAAACAGUCAUAGCUAAUCCUGUAUUGUACUUAAAUAAUCACAUCCAUGAUAUACUUUAUACUAUUGUUCAGAUGAAAACACCACCUCAUCCAAAUGUUGAAGAUGUGAAGGUGCACACACUUCAUUCACUAGCAGCAUCACUCUCUGCAUCAAUUUACCAAGCAUUAUGUGACAGUCAUAGCUACAGUCAGACGGAAGGAAAUCAGUUUACGGGAAUGGCUUAUCAAGGACUUCUCUUAAGUGAUCGUCGAAGACUAAGAACAGAAAGCAUAGAAGAACACGCAACACCAAAUUCAUCCCCUGCUCAAUGGCCUGGUGUGAGCUCACUUAUUAAUCUCCUGAGUUCAGCUCAAGAUGAAGACCAGCCAAAAUUGAAUAUUUUGUUGUGUGAAGCUGUUGUUGCUGUUUACUUGAGUUUAUUGAUACAUGCUCUUGCCACAAAUUCUUCCAAUGAGUUGUUUCGACUUGCAGCCCACCCAUUAAAUAAUCGAAUGUGGGCUGCAGUGUUUGGAGGGGGCGUGAAACUUGUUGUGAAACCUCGAAGACAAUCAGAAAAUAUUUCAGCACCUCCUGUUCCUUCUGAAGACAUAGACAAACACCGGAGGAGAUUUAACAUGCGGAUGCUGGUCCCUGGAAGGCCUGUGAAAGAUGCCACUCCACCACCAGUACCAGCAGAAAGACCAUCAUAUAAAGAAAAGUUUAUUCCUCCUGAACUUAGUAUGUGGGAUUAUUUUGUGGCAAAGCCCUUUCUACCUUUGUCUGACAGUGGUGUGAUCUACGACUCUGAUGAAAGUGUUCACAGUGAUGAAGAAGAUGAGGAUGCUUUUUUUUCAGAUACACAAAUUCAGGAGCACCAAGAUCCCAACUCCUACAGCUGGGCUCUCCUGCAUCUGACAAUGGUUAAACUAGUACUUCACAAUGUCAAGAAUUUCUUCCCCAUUGCUGGACUAGAAUUCUCUGAGCUGCCUGUGACAUCACCAUUAGGUAUUGCCGUGAUUAAGAACUUGGAGAACUGGGAACAGAUCCUGCAAGAGAAAAUGGAUCACUUUGAAGGUCCACCCCCUAACUAUAUCAACACAUACCCGGCAGACCUUUCGGGAGGAGCUGGGCCAGCUAUUCUUCGAAAUAAAGCCAUGUUAGAACCAGAAAAUACUCCGUUCAAAUCCCGGGAUUCUUCUGCACUUCCAGUCAAACGGCUUUGGCACUUCCUUGUUAAACAAGAAGUCCUUCAGGAGACAUUUAUUAGAUAUAUUUUCACCAAGAAAAGAAAACAGAGUGAGUCUGUAGAAGAACAUGUGGAGCAGGUCAAACAAAACUGCGUAGCAGAAGAUUGCCACAUCAAGGUUGAAGCAGACCUGGGCUAUCCAGGAGGAAAAGCAAAGGUCAUUCAUAAGGAGUCUGACAUGAUCAUGGCAUUUUCUGUUAAUAAGGCAAAUAGCAAUGAAAUUGUUUUAGCUUCAACACAUGAUGUUCAAGAACUUGAUGUUACUUCUCUGUUGGCGUGUCAGUCAUAUAUAUGGAUUGGAGAAGAAUAUGACAGAGAAUCCAAAAGUUCGGAUGAUGUUGACUAUCGUGGUUCCACUACAACUCUGUACCAGCCCAGCACCACCCCCCAUCCAGCAAGCCAGGCGCACCCACCUUCUUCCCUGCCAUGGCUGGGCAGCGGGCAGACCAGCACGGGAGCGAGUGUGCUUAUGAAACGGAAUCUGCAUAAUGUUAAGAGAAUGACCUCACACCCAGUCCAUCAAUAUUACCUCACAGGUGCCCAAGAUGGCAGCGUGCGAAUGUUUGAGUGGACACGGCCUCAGCAGCUUGUCUGCUUCCGUCAGGCUGGCAAUGCCAGAGUCACCAGGUUAUAUUUUAACUCUCAAGGCAACAAGUGUGGAGUGGCAGAUGGAGAGGGCUUUCUCAGUAUCUGGCAAGUUAACCAAACCGCCUCGAAUCCUAAACCUUACAUGAGCUGGCAGUGCCACAGUAAGGCUACAAGUGACUUUGCAUUCAUUACCUCUUCAAGUCUGGUUGCCACAUCUGGACAGUCCAACGACAAUAGAAACGUAUGCCUCUGGGACACAUUAAUCUCACCUGGAAACAGCCUCAUUCAUGGCUUCACAUGUCACGAUCAUGGAGCCACCGUGCUGCAGUACGCGCCUAAGCAGCAGCUGCUCAUCUCCGGAGGCAGGAAAGGCUGCGUGUGCAUCUUUGACAUCCGGCAGAGGCAGCUCCUGCACAGCUUCCAGGCCCAUGACUCGGCCAUCAAGGCUCUGGCUCUGGAUCCCUGCGAGGAGUUCUUCACAACAGGUUCAGCAGAGGGCAACAUCAAGGUCUGGAGACUGACAGGCCACGGCUUGAUUCACUCAUUUAAGAACGAGCACGCCAAGCAGUCCAUAUUCAGAAACAUCGGGGCGGGCGUCAUGCAGAUGGACAUCGUCCAGGGCGGCCGCAUCUUCUCCUGCGGCGCCGACGGCACGCUCAAGACCAGGGUUUUGCCCAGCGCUUUUAACAUCCCUCACAGAAUUCUUGACAUCCUAUAGACAGAGAUGGGGGCUUUAUUUUUGUAUCUGUUUCCACUGAAAAACUAAGCCACGCUGCACUUACUAGGCAUUCCUGCUUUCCAAGCAGUUAGCACAUGGGACAUGAGACAGAAUUCUCUGUAGGACUCGAGUCUGAUCCCAGCUGGGG